CAUUGGUGCUUUUCCCCCCUCAUUCAGCUCCCAAACUACACCGAGAUUUGGAAUAUUACGUUACAGUCCCGCUGCAAAAUGGCGACUGUAAUUCAGAAUCCCUUGAAAUCGCUGGGUGACCAGUUCUACAGGGAUGCCAUCGAGCACUGCCGCAGCUAUAACGCCCGUCUGUGUGCCGAGCGCAGCGUGCGCAUGCCCUUCCUGGACUCGCAAACGGGCGUGGCCCAGAACAACUGCUACAUCUGGAUGGAAAAGUGCCAGCGGCAGCCAGGCAAGGCGGCGGGGCAGAUGUAUGCCUACCCUGCACGUUGCUGGAGAAAGAAGAGGAGACUCCACCCACCCCUCGACCCACAGCUUCGCCUGUGUGAGCUAAGACUAGAGGCUGAAAUGGCCCCCAAGCGUGAGGGCCCCCCUGGGGAGGCCACUGCCUUGGAGGCCCUACUGAGGGCGGACAACCUCCUGGAGAAAAAAAACAAUUUGGCAAAGGAAGAGGAGACCAUGCUGGAAAUACAGCGGGUUCUAGAGGCAGAGGAAAAUGGAGACAGCUGUCAAAAUGAUGAAGACUUUGAAGUGGAUACUCCAAAGAGGAAGAACAGAAACAGAGGAAAAAACAGAGGUUCCAGUCGUAAGAAGACAGAAGCGGCGAGCGCGGACGACCAGGACAAACCUUACGUUUGCGACAAUAGACACAAACAAAAGCAUAACUCAAAAAAGGCUGAAGAAGUCUGUGGAAAGCGCUACAAGAAUCGUCCUGGCCUGAGCUACCACUACACUCACACCCACCUGGCCGAGGAGGAGGGCGAGGAGGAGAGAGUUAGUGAUCCUGCACCAUCUCCUCCACCACGCAUUUCUGAGAACCACAAACCUCAGAAGGGUCCAGACGGUGUCAUCAUUCCCAACGACUACUGUGACUUCUGCCUUGGAGACCAGGACUCCAACAGGAAAACGGGCCAAGCAGAAGAGUUGGUGUCUUGCUCGGACUGUGGACGUUCUGGUCACCCGACAUGUCUGCAGUUCACAGACAACAUGAUGCACGCCGUGAGGACGUACCAGUGGCAGUGCAUUGAGUGCAAGUCGUGCAGCCUCUGCGGCACCUCAGAAAACGACGACCAGCUGCUGUUCUGUGAUGACUGCGACAGAGGCUACCACAUGUACUGCCUGAAGCCGCCCAUGACACAGCCCCCUGAUGGAAGCUGGAGUUGCCACGUGUGUCUGGACUUGCUGAAGGACAAGGCCUCAUCCUUUGGAGAAGCAUAACAACCGGGGGCUUACAUUGUGGUCGUCUAAACUCAAACAUUUCUGCUAGUUACUGUAAAUGCUCUGAUUAUAGCCGGGACGUUUAUUUACCUAAACCACAAAAAAGGAAGCAUGUCAUAAUUAGAGAAAGGAAUGUGAACAGUCAUUAUAUUAUAUUAUUAUAAAAAUUAGGGGUGUCCCAAUCCAAUAUUUGUAUUGGAUAUUGGUCUGAUACAAAAAGAAAAACAAGAUUUGGAAGAUACUGCAUAUUCUUGCAUGUAAAAUGUGUGAUAUAAUGUCCGAUACAGGCAGUCCUGCAGUGUGUUUAUUUGUGCAAAGCUGGACAGCCAGUUAACAUCUAAAUGUCCUCCAAUAAGCACACAAAGUUGGUGUUUUCUUGUAUUUUAGUCAAGUAAUUUACAAAAGGUAAACAUGGUAGGCUAUAGACUAGGGAUGUCGCCGACCAGUAUCGGCUGCUUUUCUUGAAAAAGUAAGUGAUCGCCAUACUUUUCAAUGCCGAUCACAAAUGCUGACAAGCCAACAGCUAAUUGUGUAUCUCCAUACACAGUGUGGAGCCGAGAAGUAUAUGCUACUUUGUAUUAGAAAUGGCAACGGCGGAGGAUGCAUGUGCACGUACGAGCCAGUCUGCCCCACAACAAGAGGAUAGAGAAAAAGAAGGAACUUAUUGACUGAAAUGUCAGACUACAAUGGCGGACUCGCGCAAAGCACUUUGGGUAAAACUUUACCUUACAAGGAGCUUUCCGCUGACAUCACCAAUUGUAAAGCAUCACAAAUUGGCCAAAUUCCAAACGCUUUGUUUGGAGGAAGAAUGAAGGAAGGCAAGAUUGUUAUAUAAAUAUCGCCGCCAGGGUUUGUUUUCAUAUUUUCGGUACCUAUGCAGAUCCCAAAUACAAAAAAACAGGUACCAAUAGGUAAGAAAAGUUGUUUUUGCACAAUAGGUCCUCUUUAAGUGUUAUAAUCAAGUAUUAGGAUGAGGCUAAACAUGUUACACACCUAGAGCAAGCCAGGAUCAGGCAUGCUAUAACUAAGCUAACCGCUAACCUAGCUUUAAACAACACCAAUAGAUAAUUGCUUAGUAAAGUUGAAGAAUUGUAAAUGGAACAAUGUUACAGCUGAAAGUAAGAAGUUAUUAACAGGAAAUUGACAAGUAGAUUAAUAAGAGUACAGAGAGAAGAUAAUAUAACUACAGCAUUGUCACAGUGCCACCCACACUGGUUUAAAUGUAACUUAGAUAUUGGGUUUCACUAUGUAAAGCGCUUUGAGUCACUAUCAAUCAAUCAAUGUUUAUUUAUAUAGCCCUAAAUCACAAGUGUCUCAAAGGGCUGUACAAGCCACAACGACAUCCUCGGUACAGAGCACUAGAGAAAAAGCGCUAUAUAAAUAUAAUUCACUUCACUUCACUCCACUUCACAGCUAGAAGUACACAUAAGAAGAGGAGGGCGAAUUGAUCCAUUAAAUCACCAAGGGUAAUAUCAAUAUUAGAUCGAUACUAGUAUUAUUAAAUCGAUAUUUUUAUUUUCCUAUAACAAUUUUUUAUUGUUUUGGUCAUGUUUACAAAUUUCAGAUGAUGAGUGCCUGCCUGGACACAGGAGGAAUUUGAUGGCAAAAAAUAUUUCCAAGAUUAACAGAUCAUAUGUAUUGAUUUUGUCUAUUUAUUGUGUACGAUUGACUUUGUCUUGCUCAAACAAUUGUAUCUAAUACAAGAGAAUAAGGAAGUAGUUUUAAUAUUGUGUUGAUAUUAUUAAACUGCUAAAAGUUUUCAAAUUCACAGUUAAUACAUUUUAUCAGUAUUGUUAUCAGCCAAUGUCACUCAUGGAUGAUCGGUAUCAGAAAACCCUGAUCGGAACUUCCCUACUAUAGGCUACUCGGAGCUAACAGCUACACAACAGCUGAGCACAAAAUAGCACACUAGCUCGACAUAUGUGAUACGUGUUCUUAAUUGAACAAUUUGCAGUCUAAACCAGCACAUUUGUCGAUAUAAACAAGUAAUACAUCAUUAUAGUUGCAUAUUGCUUACACAUACAAAGUCUCCAAGGCAAAAGCCUAUUAGUAAGUACCCAGUAACAAACGUGUCCGCACCCUUCAACUUACUGCGUCAUAAGCUUAACUUUAUGUACUAGGUCCAGUAGGUGUCGCCAAAAAAAAGGAAUUUACCACUCGGCCUCAAUUUAAAGACAGCAUAAGUUUGUCAUAGUGUUAGUGCUUUUCAUACCGACCUUUAUUCUCUGAGUAAUUUCACUUGAUCAAGCCUUUUCUUUUACUUUUUAAUACAUUUAUUUAUGAUUUGUACGGAUGUCGUAUCAACUUAAUAUCGUAUCGGCCAAAACUCAAAGGUCCAAAAUCAGUAUCGUAUCGGAAAUUAAAAAGUUGUAUUGGGACACCACUAAAAAAUAUAUGAUAUGUAUGUAAUUUUAAUAUAUUGAUUUGGAGUGCAUGAGAAAGCAGAGGGGAAACUUGCAUUUCUUUUUGACCACAUGCUCAUGUAUGAACAAGUGUAAUGUACGACACGACAGCAACACAACCAAUGUUGUAAUAGCGCUUAGGAGCAAACUGCUAAGUCAGCAUGAAUAGUGCUGAUGAGUGGAUUGUAAACAACAAUAGCCACAAGUGUAACACUCAACAACACUAAUUUGACAGCGCUUGCAACACUAGAUAAAGCUGCAUGGAUUGUGUGGACUUUGUAAAAUAGUUACCACAAAGAGGUUGUCUACAGCCACACCUGUUAAUGUUUUUGCCCUAAUUAGAGAUGCUUGGCGGUUAUUUGAUUCUGUGGACGACACACAUGACGACUUUUUUAGUGAAUCUAAUAGAGCCGUUAAUUGGAGCAUUUACAGUACAUUCCUACAUACAUUCUGUUGUAGUUUGUAGUCUGAAUACUUUAGACUAGAGACCAUUCAGGGUUCAGGGUUCUGUUUCUACCCGCCAUCUUUCUACCUCACCACUCAGAGCAGGCAUCAAAUACUUUGCAUUUAGGAUCAAUUGUGCUAAAUGCAAAAGUCAACACAGCCUUGACAAAAAGCUGGUUGUGAUAUUGUUUUAAAAAAAAUCCUAUUAGGCAAACGUGACUUUUUAUUGUUCUAACAGUAAUCAGUCCCUCCGGGAAUUCACAGGCUUUAUUUGUGAUUGUUUGCCUAAAAUGUCUGAAUUCUUUCUGAAAAAGCUGUGGCAAAAGUUUUUUGUUUUGUUUUGUUUUUUAAAACUUUGAAUUUUAUAAAUUUGGUAUCAAUGUUUUAAGUGUUCCUGUAAACUUAACCUCAAAAAGCACAGGAUUUCAACAAAAAUGUGGAAACAAAUACUGUAUUGAUGUUUUCCUCAUAUACCAGACAGACUAAAAAGUGGACACUAAAUGACAGUGAAAGCCCAUAGUCAGAGCUCUUUGUCAAAUUACAGCACUGUUUUAAUUGAGUAUAACUAAUAAUGGUAAUAAUUAUAAUUACAGGAAGAAACACCACCUAAGGCUUCCUUAUUGCCCACACUCUGCUCUGUCGGCCACAAGUUGCAGACAUUCUCUGUGUAUGUUUUACGCUUGAAAAGUGUGCAUCUCAAACAUUCAUUGAAGUCCCAACACAUUUACCCCCGGACAUUAAGAGCAUUUUUUUUUAGAGCGAUAGCACAAAUUGUUGUUGGUAAAAUAGAGACGAUAAGAAAUUAUUAUCACACUUUAACAUCUCAAAAAUGUAAAUGCUGCCUCUUUGCUAGGUCAAAACUCACUUGUUCUUAAUUGUCUUACCCUGGAUAAAUAAUAAAUAAAUGUUUACAUAUAUAAAUACAUGUAAACUAGGAAGCAAAUGUGUAUGUACUUCAUUACCCAGAAGGCUUAGCGCUGUAGACAGGAACAUGAAGUCGGUCAGAGCUCGGCAGGAGGACAAGAAUUGUGUCGUUUGAUCGGUGAUAUAUCGUUACAAGUUUUGUCUACACAAGAAGCAAACAUAAGUGUUGAUUAGACAGUUGACGUGUGCGUUUGAGCGUGGCUCAGAGACAAAUUUGAUUGGUGAAAAUGGCGCUGAUUGGCCAAAAUGUGCAGGGAAGUUGCGGUCAUUGGCCGCGCAACUUUUAAUAAUUGGCGCCAUCGCAAAAUCCUGGAGGGAUUGAUUAAUGAAUGAAUCCAUGUCUUCGUUUACACUGGACACCAAAUCAGAUUUUUUUGCCCUCAAGUGACACAGAUAGGAUCAUUUUUGCCAGUCUAAACGAUCCAAAGUGCUUCAAAGCUGAUAUUUUCGCAUCAGACUUGUGGCUACAUUGGAAGGUAGUUAGAAUCCGUUUGGAAUCUGAUCUUUUCAAUUUUGACUGUGAGCUAAACGGCAAUGCGACCUGUUUGCGACUUUUAUGUCAUUUGGUCGAGCUACGUCAUUUGUGUGUGCAGAAAUGCAAUUUGCAAUUAUCUUCUUUCUUCAUCUUGUAGUUGUUUUCCACCAUCUGCCUAGUUCCACGGCACAAACCCACUAGCACGCUGAUCUGUGGCGUCCAUGUUUUCUUGUGUCGUAGCAACCUCAUUGUUCAAUUACAUAAUCCGGUCGACUUUCUUCGUUUUCACUUUAAAUGCACAUGCAAGUGACGUUGAGGCCACAUUGGGGCCUAUGCGCGUUUAUACUGGAGUCUGACUAGGAUCACAGUUUACUUGCAAACUAAACAGUCAGAUGUAAAAAAAAAUCAGACUUCGAAAAAACCUGAUUUGGUUCACUUUGCUUGCAGAGUAAACAUAGUCCAUGACUUAAUGAAGGGAAAAAUUCCUUCCACAUGUUUCGCUACCCAUCCUAAAAUAAACUCUUAGAGCUCUGCUGACUAUCCAUCAGUCAGCUUCAGGAGGUGGGAAGUGUGUUUUGAUGUUUUAUUAAUAAAAGCCUGCGAUAUGAACAAGGUUGUGUUGACGUUCUAUCGAAAGUCUAAAGGCUGUGUGUGUUUAAAAAAAUGUGUCCUCUCAUGUUUACACUUCACUGUGACAAACUCUAGAGUUAUUCCAGAGUUAUCUGUGACAUUUUUAGCUUGUGUCAGUAAAAACAAUUUUUUUUUCCUUCCUUCCUCCUUCAGACUGUUGGAUACUUCUGAUCACGUGUCCUUGCAGUUACUAAAUUCAGCUUCAUUUGUUUUUUCUGCAGACAAUCGUGCUUGUGUGUGUGUGUGUGUGUGUGUGUGUGUGUGUGUGUGUGUGUGUGUGUGUGUGUGUGUGUGUGUGUGUGUGUGUGUGUGCGUGUAUAUCAUAUCUCCAUGGCAACUAAAGUGUCAUUUGAUGCUAGCAGCAUGUACUAUUUGUUACACAACUGUUUGUUAGUUUUGUUGUAAUAAAGAUUUUUGCAAGCAAAAACUAAGUAUUGAA